UCCCGGCGCCACAGUCUUUCUCUCCGUAUGUACGGAGCCGGCUGAAGCUGAUCGUUCAGCACGUACCUUCCUCCCUUUCAUUUUUAACGUGUACGUCUACUCUAUUUCUACACACUUCUUUUACGAUGGUACUUCCAGACACGAAUCUGACAAAUCUUCUACGUGAGCAGCAACAUCAGCAGCAGCGGCAGCAAGAACAGCAACGGUGUCAGCAGAAAUGUUAUUACGAAGGUAAUAGACAAUUUCCAUUAGAACGGGAGAACCGACAAUGCAAAUCCACGGAAAAUGAGAAUUCAGAAGAGAUAUCGAUAACGAACGUUACGGAUGGAGAGAGCUUAUGUUAUAGUUUAGCUCUGAUACGAGGUCGUACGUCGAUGGCGUAUAGCUUCAUCACCGUACGAAAUGAAAAUAAUCAAUGUUCCGAGUGGCCAAUCGUAUCUGGUGAAUUUCGUGUGAUAGUAGAAUUGACACGAGGUCCGAACAAGUUGGAAUUAGAAGUGGCGGGCCAAAAAAAGGGACUAGUUCUAAUUCACGAGCCGAGAACGACGAGACUACGUGUAACUCCUGUCUAUGUGGUUUGCUUUGGACACGAUGGAUAUUUCCAAGGUCCACAAGGAGAAGACCAGUCGCCGGAAAGUGCGACGAUAAGGAUAGGUCUCGGUGCCCGACUUUUACAAACUCUCACCGCCGAGAAGUUAAGGGAGGCGGGUUACGGAAGGAAAACGUUUCAACUGGAACGAGACUUGGGUGGUAUGGAAUGUUUGAUAAUGCACAGCAUGCUUGACGUUAAUCAGGCACGUGCAAUGAAUCAGCGGGAACUUUGGAAAUUCAUCGCGCGAGAAUUAAUGACCGGUCCCUUGGCAUCGGAAGAUCGCAAAUAUCUUGCGUUUCUUUCCUGUACCAGAUAUCGAGGCGCGCCAAAUCCACGCACUCGCGAAGAUAUUCUCGCGAGGACGCAAGGACACGCCGCGCUCGGUGGAGGUGGAUUAGCGUUAUUCGGUUCGGCAUGUCUUCAUACAUGGCCUACCUGCAUGGCGCAAAUAUUGCCUAGAUUCCUCGACACUACGGUCAUCGAUACUGAACAAUUGAUGGAUGACAGUAAUUACCGCGGUACGCACGGUGGCUGCUUCGCCACGACUCUUGGCUCGGUUCUCCACGAAUUAGGACACACCUUUGAUCUCGGGCAUACUCGUGAAGGCAUAAUGGGCCGCGGAUUCGAUUACGUCGAUCGUGUCUUUGUCGGAGCGGCUGGGAUCGAUUUCAAUCGCAAUCCCGUUUUACGAAGAGAUCCUCAACACACAACUAUCGCACUGAGUAGACCGCUAAGCGUGACAGUCACGAUACAAGAACCAUACGCUAUGUUAGGGAGUCCUCGAAGAAAUCGCUUACUUUCCGAAUCGUCCCGCCCUUCGUCUUCUCAAAACCCUUCCCGAUUACUCGGCAGGCUAUCCGCACCCGCUAGUCCUGAAUUAAACAGAUCCUUUUCCAAGAGUCUGAUGCAACCUGCAUCGGAACAAACCCCUUCCAAUUUGCAAACUGAUCGUACAUUUUGGUCACCAUCCUGCGCAGCGUUUCUUGCUUAUCAUCGAUGGUUCAACAACGAAAUGGACAACGUUUUCAAUCGACCUUUCCACGACAUCGAGUACGAUGGCAAAAGAAACGUCGUAAGAUCAUGCUUCGGAGUACGAGUAAUAGAGCUCAGAAAAACAUCUGGUGGAAUGGUAGUUGGUUCUAAACAGUUUCCCGGCUCUCGACCACCUCUGGAGGCGUUAGUUCCACCAGCUCCUCCUCACUGUCUUACCGCAUUGACUCUCGUCGCUGAAGAUUCGACUGGCAAUGUUCUUAAAUAUCCACUUCCAACGGCGUUUUAAAGAUUCCAAGGUUAUUGUCAUUUUGCCACGAUUUUAUAUCUUGAAAGCGGGAAUAUAGCCAAUGUCGAACGAUAAAAAUCGACGAUGAAUCAACGUCCUAUGUUUUUGUAAUCUUCGCAUAGCGAGUAAGCACGAUUAAUAUUAAUAAUAAUGCUUCGUCGCUAAUGCUAAUUCGAACGAAGAUAACUUCAAGCUCAAUAUGUAUUUGCUUACUAAUUAAUUAUUGAUAUUUCCUACGAGCUUGUUUCUCUAAUGCGCUAUAUUUGAAGAGAAAUUUUUCCCAGUUUUAUCGGUUUUUGUGAAAACUGUAACAGUAAAGCUUUCCGUAUUGGACUUGGAAAACCUUAUUGCCCUGUGUACGCUAUUUCUAACAAAAUAAAAUCAUAGAGAGACACAAAGAGAAAGAUAGAUAGAUAGAUAGAUAGAUAGAGAGAGAGAGAGCAUUUGUGCGUGCAUGUGUUUAAACAUGGGAGGAGAAAAUGAGAAUUUCAUACGUCAUACAAUGUUAUUAACUACAUACUUCAUUUCAUUAAAUUCUAACAUAUUUUGUAAAUAUCAUUCAAAAUACUAUAGAGUUUUGUAGCAACUAUUGAUACAUUGUAUUUGAUAAAAAAAAUACAAAUAUUGUGCAUUAAC